ACCGAAAGAGUGGAGUCCCCGCCCCCUGGUGCAGACGCAGCGAAGACAGAUGGGGAACCACCUGUCAGAGGGCUGUGGGCGGGGGCCGAGGCCGCGAAGACCGCGGGACCGGAGGGUGAGCGCCGCUGAGCGCACGCUCAGAGCAGACAGCUCGCAGAAGACAGGAGGUGAUGGUCUAAGACCCUGGGAGCUGAUGGCCAGUGGGAGGGGAAGGUAGUCGCAGAGACAGCUACAGGAGGUGGAGGAUCCUGGAGGUGACAGCAAGAUUACGGAAUGGCGUGGGGCGGCUGAAGCGGGCCCGGCGGCUUCCGUGUGGACGCCGGGCGGGCGCGAGACGGGCCCCGCCAGGUCGGGGGAUGCCAUGUCUCGAGAGCGGCCCCCCCGAACCGACAUCCCCCGCAACCUGAGCUUCAUCGCCGCGCUAACGGAGCGCGCCUACUACCGCAGCCAGCGGCCCAGCCUAGAGGAGGAGCCGGAGGAGGAGCCAGGCCAGGGCGGGACGCGCCUCGGGGCCCGAUCCCGUGCUCACGCUCCGAGUCGAGGCCGCCGGGCCCGUUCUGCGCCCGCCGGAGGCGGCGGGGCCCGGGCGCCCCGCAGCCGCAGUCCAGACACCCGCAAGAGAGUGCGUUUCGCCGACGCGCUGGGGCUGGAGCUGACCGCCGUGCGCCGCUUCCGCCCCGGAGAGCUGCCACGGGUGCCCCGCCACGUGCAGGUCCAGCUACAGAGAGACGCCCUCCGCCACUUCGCGCCGUGCCAGUCCCGCGCCCGAGGCCUCCAGGAGGCGCGCGCCGCCCUGGAGCCGGCCAGCGAGCCCGGCUUCGCCGCCCGCUUGCAGGCGCAGCGCAUCUGCCUGGAACGCGCCGAGGCGGGCCCGCUGGGCGUGGCCGGGAGCGCGCGCGUGCUGGACCUGGCCUACGAGAAGCGCGUGAGCGUGCGCUGGAGCGCCGACGGCUGGCGGAGCCAACGCGAGGCGCCCGCCGCCUACGCCGGCCCGGCCCCGCCUCCGCCGCGCGCCGACCGCUUCGCCUUCCGCCUGCCCGCGCCGCCGAUUGGGGGCGCCCUGCUUUUCGCCUUGCGCUACCGUGUCACCGGCCGCGAGUUCUGGGACAACAACGGCGGCCGUGACUAUGCUCUCCGUGGGCCCGAGCACCCGGGCAGUGGCGGAGCCCCGGAGCCCCAGGGCUGGAUCCACUUUAUCUGAGACGCCUGCGGCCGACGGCCGAAAAACCAAAGGCACCUGGGGGCUGGGGAAGCCUGAAGACGUGGCGGGGAGGAAUGGGAGAAACCGGGAUUGGCGGGGAGCUGUCCAAGAGAGUCAAGCCGGGGAGGGCGAGGAGGAUGGGAGAAAUCCUAGGGCUGGGGGCGUGGGCGGAAUCAGCGAAGGUCGGGGAGACUGGGGUGGGAAUCACUAGUUGGAUGUGAGUGGAAGGAACCCGGGACUUAGGGAGGAAGGAGACCGGAAAGGGCACUGGGAGAUUAGAAAAAAGCAGAAUAGGGAUGAUGGUGACGUCCUCUUCCGGGAGUGGGCACUGGGAGAAGGUGAGUGGGUUCGUCAGGCCUAAGCAGUAGAAGGUUAAGGUACCUCGUUGGGAUUGAGGAGGCAUUUUGUGUGAAGUAGGAGCUCACCCCCGUGAAGUCAUUUAAAUUGCUGGCUCAUUCCCUCUCCGCACCCGCCUUUGCCACCUCAGGUCCCCCAGCCCUGCCCAUCCCAGCUUUAACUCAGCCGUAAUUGCCUUGCUUAAACCCCAGGAACUUGACCAUUGCUCCCAGUCCCUGGCAUUAUGACAGGAUUCCCUCGUCACCCGAUGGUCCCUGGCUUCAGUCUCCACAGACUGGCUGGGGAGUGAUGGCAGGUAGCAGUGAGAGCUCCUUCCUCCAGCCUCCAGGCAGCUCUGGAGAUUAAAAUGAAGACAAAACAACUCCAGGCCGGUCCUUGUAGCCUGAGGGGUUGGUACACUCAGGGGCUUCCAGAAAAAUGCCAGCCUUACCUUUCUGGGGUGCCUUCUAAUGACCUCUGAGCACUUUAUGGACUGUAUUUGAAAAGGGACAGUGAAUCACAAGAAUCACUAUUCUGAUUCUUUCUGCCUCAGAAGAAAAGGAAGUCACUGACGACUAGCUGUAUAAUUUUGGGCAAGUUACUUCACCUGUCGGGCCCCAGUUUCCUCCUUGGAAAACUGGAUUUGGAUUAGGUGAUCUCUUAAAGCCCCUUCUUGCUUUGACAUUUUAUGAUCUGUGAAGGGCAGAGUGUAGAUUGAAGCCACACUCUUCAACCUACAGUUGGAAUGCUACAGUUCAGAACACAGCAUCUGGCUGGGGCUGAGGUUAGUCCUCCAGUUUUUGACACAUGUUCCAGAGCCUAGGAAGCAUCCCAUAAUCAGCCUGCAGCCUCAGGGUAUUCCAGGGCCGCUUUCAAACCACAGCUCAUCCUCUGCCCCUUGCUUUUUGCUCUUGCCCCACAGACUUCCGGCCUGGGUCCUCUGAGACAGCUUUGGGGAGGAACAUCUCUCUGAGAGAAAAAGAUGCUUGGGAGCCCCAAAGAUGAAGCAGUGUUGGGGGCUCUCUUGAGGACAAAGGAUUAUGGGUAUAAGAAAUGAAAAACAUUUCAAAUCAAGAAUCAAAGCAACUUGAAAUUAAAUGGCACUAGAAGAUGGCAGUCUGCUCCAUACCCUGAGCAAGUGAAAU